AUGGGAUUCGCGGCAAGACUUUUGGAUCGCGAUUUCGCCGAUUCCGUCAUUUGCUAUCUUUGCAAGGAGGUACUUGAAGAUGUUGUGGCUUUAGCUUGUUGCGAAGAGCAUUGUUGUAGAAAAUGCUACGACUCAAAGAAAAGGGGGAAUGAAGAGUGCGUUUGUGGCCAAAAUGUAGUCGACCACAUUGAAGAUCGCCCAAUGAAAAACGAACUUGCCGAAGCCGGAGAUUUCGAAUGUACAAAAUGCUUUGCCAAACCGCUUCGAUACGAUCUUCUUCCACGGCAUAUGAAGGAUGACUGUGCUAGGCGAACUGUUUACUGUCGCCAUUGCGAAAGACAUCAUGGAGCGGAUUAUGUCGAAAGCUGCGCCAAAAAUACCGAUGCAGCGGCAAUUCAUCGCGAACGAGCUAGGCUAGAAAGAGAAGCCGCGCUUUCAAAAAAAAGAAUGGAAGAUGCGAUAAAAAGCGAACACGAAGCAAAAAUGAAGAUCGAAGAAGUCCAACAGCGCGAAGAUAUUCUCCAAACAAGAUUCAACCAACAAAAAGAACAACUUCGCCAAACUGAGCAACAAGCAAAUCGAAUAAUGAUCGCCCAGCACCAGGAGCGACUCAAUAAUCCACCACCACCAAAUGAAAGAAUCGUCACGAGACCGCUUCGAUACGGCCCUAAUGUUGGAACUAACUUUGUCAGAAAACAGAUUCCUUGGCAAAAUGACUUCAAAAAACUUACUUUUGGGUGGAUUCAAAAUCGAUUUGGCAAGCCCAUUGCUCCAGAAAAGCGUGAAUUGAUGAUCAAUAGGGAAGACACAGUCAGAUCCGUUCGAGAUAAAAUUCGGGCGCAGUGCAAAAUCGAGUGGCCACGACAAUUGUUUUACAACGGAAUAACCGAUCGAAACUCCAAACUCAUCAACAACAUCGACCCAAUCAAAGAAAUCGAUGAUAUAACAGUCGGAGCCGAUGGGAUUCUUUGGAUCGGGAGGAGCAAUAUUUGGGACGAUGAGCAAUUUCUUGAAGACCAAAAGAAUGCUGCUUCCUAUCGAUACUGA